GUUGGUUGGCGCGGCCCCUUCCCGCGGCACGAGCACGCUCAUUUGUAUCGAGCACAACGCGAACGACAGGAGCAAGGGGAAGACAUUUGACCUGCCCCCCGACGACGACGACGCCAAUGCCCCGCUCUUCCAUCUCCUCGGCCCUCCUUCUGUGCAUCGACGAUGAGCUGAGGCCUUCGAGCGGCCCCGAAGAUUCAUCGAGCUGAAGCAAGCGAGCAGCAGCCAUCGAGGCCGAUUCUUUUCUCUUCUGCUGCUGCUUCUUCUUCGUCUUCCUCCUCGAGCGCUUGCUUGCGCGCAGGCGUUAGAGGGAAAUCCUAUGUGUAGUUCCAGUCUGUGGUCGUGUCGAUGAUUCUUUAUGUUGUCGAGGUGAGGUCAGCGCUGGGUUGGGUCGGGCCAGUGUGCUGUGAUUUGUGCUGUGUCGCGUGAGGCAGGGUGAAGGACUCUGGAGGCAUUGAUUUGAUUUUGGGCCGUGCUGGGGGGUGUGUUUGUGUGUGUGUGGGAAGGAGGGCAUUGUGAGGGAGGGAUUCGUGGGAUUUUUGGGGCAAGUGCGGUAAGAGAGACGAGGAUUCAGAAAGAGGGAGAGGAAUAGGGAGAGGGAGGGAAGAGAUGGCGAAGGAGGAUGAUGAGUACCGUGAUGAGAUGGAGGAGAGGCUGGUGAACGAGGAGUAUAAGAUCUGGAAGAAGAAUACGCCUUUUCUCUAUGAUUUGGUGAUAACUCAUGCUAUGGAAUGGCCCAGCCUCACUGUGCAAUGGUUGCCAGACCGGCUGGAGCCAGCUGGGAAAGACUACUCGGUACAGAAAUUGAUACUUGGUACGCACACCUCAGACAAUGAACCCAAUUAUUUGAUGCUCGCAGAAGUCCAACUUCCCCUCGAUGACACGGAAAACGAUGCUCGCCAUUACGAUGACGAGCGCGGUGAGAUUGGGGGAUUUGGCGUUGCGAGCGGCAAGGUGAAGCAACGGGUGCAAGUCAUACAGCAAAUCAACCAUGAGGGAGAGGUGAACAGAGCGCGUUACAUGCCCCAAAAUCCCUUCCUAAUUGCUACGAAAACGGUCAGUGCGGAAGUCUAUGUGUUCGACUACAGCAAACACCCAUCCAAGCCACCACAAGAAGGCAAUUGCAAUCCUGAUUUGCGUCUCCGAGGCCACCGAACAGAGGGCUAUGGCCUUUCUUGGAGCUCUUUCAGAGAGGGUCAUCUUCUGAGUGGUUCAGACGACUCUCAAAUUUGUCUGUGGGACAUCAGCUCUGCUUCCAAAUCCACUCGAGUUCUGGAUGCCAAACAGACCUUUCAGGGCCAUGUUGGCGUGGUUGAAGACGUCGCUUGGCACUUGAGACACGACUACCUUUUUGGUUCCGUUGGAGAUGACAGGCAGCUAUUGAUAUGGGAUACCAGGACGUCAACUGCGGAAAAGCCAUUACACGCAAUUGAUGCACAUCAGGCUGAGGUGAAUUGCUUAGCCUUUAAUCCCUUCAACGAGUACCUCCUCGCCACAGGCUCUGCCGACAGGACAGUGGCACUAUAUGAUCUACGCAAGUUGUCCAAGUGCCUACACACUUUCGUCAACCACGCUGAGGAGGUUUUCCAAAUUGGGUGGAGUCCAAUGAACCAAACGAUCCUAGCGUCAUGUGGGGCGGACAAAAGAUUAAUGGUGUGGGAUUUAAGCAGAGUCGGUGAAGAGCAAUUACCCGAAGACGCAGAGGAUGGACCACCGGAGCUUCUCUUUAUUCACGGAGGCCAUACCAGUAAAAUAUCAGAUUUUUCAUGGAAUCCAAAUGAACCCUGGCUUAUAUCUAGUGUGGCAGAAGAUAAUAUUCUCCAGCUGUGGCAAAUGGCUGAGAACAUAUAUCAUGACGAGGAAGAUGGUCCUGCUGAGGACAUGCCAGGUCUAAUGUAGACUAGUGAGAAACAAGUAUAACAACGUCCUACAGGUACGAGAACCGUUUGUAAUAACAGAGAUCUUAUGGACUAUCUAUUCUGGUCAGCCAAGUCAAACUAGAGAUCAUUAAAGACCUGUUGCAUCGACGGCGGCUUUGUGUUGUUUCACGGGAGUACCCUUCUAAUGUUUAGUGUAAUCGGGUGGUACUACCAUGGCACUUGUAUCACGGAUAGGGGACGAAGUCCAGCCCUAGGCGGGAACCACAUUUUAAGUAGAGGCAACGAGGCACCACUUUGUAAAUUGACAUCCACAUCAAUGGAAAUCUUUUGCACAAUUUUCAUUC